CCUCGGGCCGGCGGGCGGGCGGGGUCGGUGUCAGCUCGUGCUCUCCUUCCUUUUCCCUCGGCAGUUCCUGGCGCAGCUGAUGAUCUUCCUCAUCAGCGUCGUCAGUUCCAUCUUCUGCGGGCAUCUGGGCAAAGUGGAGCUGGACGCCGUUACGCUCGCGGUGUCGGUUGUGAACGUUACUGGGAUUUCCGUGGGGACUGGCUUGGCCUCGGCUUGCGACACCCUCAUGUCUCAGUCCUUUGGAGGCAAGAACCUAAAACGCGUGGGGAUCAUCCUUCAAAGAGGAAUCCUCAUCUUGAUGCUGUGUUGCUUUCCUUGCUGGGCCCUCUUCAUCAAUACGGAGCGCAUCCUCCUGCUCUUGAAACAAGACCCCGAAGUCUCCAGGAUAGCCCAGAUUUAUGUGAUGAUUUUUAUUCCGGCUCUUCCUGCAGCAUUCCUGUUCCAGCUGCAGACGAGGUACUUACAAAGUCAGGGCAUCAUCAUGCCGCAAGUGAUCACUGGGAUUGCAGCGAACGUGAUCAACGUGGGCAUGAAUGCCCUCCUGCUCUAUGCCCUGGACCUCGGCGUGGUAGGAUCUGCCUGGGCAAACACCACUUCCCAGUUCCUCCUGUCUGCUCUUCUUUUCCUGUAUGUGUGGUGGAAAAAAAUCCACGUCGACACUUGGGGAGGUACGAGGACUUUGAUUUCUUACAUUUUGUUAUUUAUUAUUCAGAAGGAU